GACCGAACGGGCUCGCUACAUCACAUAAAAAUUUUUUUAUUAAAGGCGGAGACUGAAUACAUAUAAUAUUUAAUGAACCUUGGUCCCGGUUCAAGCCUGCACAGCUGAAAACAACUCUUUUGGUGCUCUUCCUUGGAUACACCUGAAAAAUGGAGCUCACACAUGCUCAUACACCCAACAGCACUUACCGCUUUGGCCACUGGGGGCAGUGUUUUGAAUUUCGGAGGAGUGUACAGACAAGGACGGAAUAUGAGCUCUUUUAGAUGGCACAGAAGUGACUUUGGCUGCCUUAUGCAGGCCCUGUAAGGUGAGAGACAGACGUAUCGGUUGACGAGAGAGAGAGAGAGAGCGAGAGAGAGAGAGAGAGAGAGAGAUACCCCUUGGCAGCCUGGCCAUACCCCCCACUCUCCUGUUUCCCAUGUAUCCAGAAUCGACCACAGACUCACCUGCCCGCCUCUCUCUCAGACAGACAGGCUCCCCAGGCAUGGUCUACAGUGCGAGAUAUGGGAGUCCAAAACGGCAGCUGCAGUUUUACAGAAACCUCGGAAAGUCGGGCCUGAGAGUCUCAUGUCUUGGAUUAGGAACAUGGGUGACGUUUGGAGGGCAGAUCACAGAUGAGAUGGCAGAGCAGCUGAUGACUCUGGCAUAUGAAAAUGGGAUCAAUCUGUUUGACACGGCAGAAGUCUACGCUGCAGGAAAGGCAGAAAUGGUGCUGGGCAACAUCAUAAAGAAGAAAGGAUGGAGACGCUCCAGUUUAGUCAUUACAACAAAAAUAUUUUGGGGUGGAAAAGCAGAGACAGAGAGAGGACUGUCUAGAAAGCACAUUAUAGAAGGUUUAAAGGCAUCGUUGGAGAGAUUGCAGUUAGAAUAUGUGGAUGUAGUGUUUGCAAACAGACCAGACCCCAACACACCCAUGGAAGAGACGGUGCGGGCGAUGACUCAUGUGAUCAAUCAGGGAAUGGCAAUGUACUGGGGCACAUCACGCUGGAGUCCGAUGGAAAUCAUGGAAGCGUAUUCUGUGGCCCGGCAGUUUAAUCAGAUCCCACCAAUCUGCGAACAGUCGGAAUAUCACAUGUUUCAGAGGGAGAAAGUGGAGGUACAGCUUCCUGAGCUCUUCCAUAAGAUCGGUGUGGGUGCGAUGACGUGGUCCCCGCUGGCUUGCGGGAUAAUCUCAGGAAAAUAUGACAGCGGGGUGCCGCCGUACUCUCGAGCAUCUCUGAAGGGCUACCAGUGGUUGAAGGACAAGAUCUUGAGCGAGGAGGGCCGACGCCAGCAGGCGAAGCUGAAAGAGCUGCAGGCAAUCGCUGAGCGGCUGGGCUGCACGCUGCCACAGCUAGCCAUUGCGUGGUGCCUGAGAAAUGAGGGUGUAAGCUCUGUGCUCUUAGGAGCCUCCAACACCGACCAGCUCAUGGAGAAUAUAGGAGCAAUACAGGUUCUUCCAAAGUUAUCCUCCUCCAUCGUACACGAGGUGGACAGUAUCCUGGGCAACAAACCCUACAGUAAAAAGGACUACCGCUCCUAGUGUGGAACCAGACGGGACGCGCUCUGCACCCACCUUUGCCUGAUCCUCUGUUCGCUACAGCUUUUCUGAAUGAGUACCAGCCGCAUGAGAUGGGCAAGCAACCACAAACCCUGGAGAGCAAGACUUUUACAACAGAAAGGGCAAGAAAAACUUGAAAAAUUAAACAAAACAGAAAAAAGUUAUUCACUGACAAAAGGGGUUGAAAUGCAGCAUAGAAAGCAAUGUAUUGAAAAUAUGUGCUUACGGAUUCAACCCUACAGGAAAGGUACUUUAAAAUGAGAACAUUAGGGUAAUUAAGGACAAAAUUAAGCAACAUACUUCAAAAAAAGAAAAAGUAAAAAAAAAAACAUGCUUGCUUGGUUGCUGGAAAUAUUCAUUUUUUUCUCUUUGCUUUUUUCUUUUAAUUUUUUAUAUUAAAUGCAUAAUGACACAAAUGGAGCUCAAGCUGAAACAGGUAAUGAAGUAUAUGAUCAGUUGCACAUGAUCCAUAGCCACUCGUGUGAUCCAUUUGGGUUUGCACACGUCACUCACGUCAUCGAGGUGUCUCGGCCCAGAACUUUUCACUGUGUCGUCUACGUUACGUAUGCACACGCACCCCCCCCCUUUUGCAGGCAAAGCAAUAAGCACUUUAAGAGGGAACAUCAGAGGGAGUGGCUAUGUGAAAACUGAUUUAAACGCAGCUCCUUUCUAGUGUCAAGAGGGGAAAAAAGAAAAUUGUCGUUUUUCCUCAUUCUCCACCGGACAUUGCAUCAUCUUCAUGUCCGUUCCUUGAUGUUUAUUCUUAAAACACAGCCCUGGCUUCUCAUCUGUCAUUGCUUUGCUGACAGGGCUGUGAAAGACAUUCUGAUGUCAACUCCAUCAGAUGUUGUGGUCUUAGAGAGCAGCUGUCUAUUUGGUUGCUGAAGAUCUGUGGAAAUUGAUGGUAAUGAGCCAGAGGAAGGAUCUGCUCCCAGCACACACGUUUAGUAUUUCAUAUAGUGAUAUUAAAAUUAUUCACUCUAAUGUAAUAGAUUUAAAUGUUGAUUGAAUGACCUGAAUUAAUAAUGGGAUAAGCGCUUCUGUUGGCAACGAUAAAUAAGAAAUUAUAUUUUGCAUAAAGAAAAUUAAGCUUAUCUUUAAGAUCAUUGAAAUGUUUGGCAAUAUUUUCAUGACAGUUAAGAACAUUUAGUCUCCAAAUUCUCAUUAUUGGAAUGCAAAAUAAAUCUCAUCCUCAUUACCGUGAUACGAAAAAAUGUAUUAUUUAAAUGGUAUUAUUGGAAUGCGAAAAAAUCUCAUCCUCGUAAUACGUAAACAUAUAUUAUUUAAAUGGUAUAGAACAAUUAUAAUUAUAUAUAAUAGAAGUAUUGUUGGAUUGAAUUGAAUUUGAUUAUUUUAUUUUAAAAACAAAAUGUGUCUGGACAGGAUAUACUGUAUUACUGUAAUGCGAAUGAGAUUGUUUUGCAUUACAGUAAUGACUGUGAGAAAAUGUGCUCAAUUUUCAUGAAAGAAAAAAACAUUUAAAUGGUCUUAAAAACAGGCUUAAUUUUCUUAUAUACAGUGUGUAUAUAUAUAUAUGCAUACAUACAGUACUGUAUAAAAGUUUUUGGCACUUUUUUGGCACAAAAUUUUGCAUAUUGAGGAUGUUUUCAAAAAUAAUGCCAUAAAUUGUUUUCAUUUAUCAAUUAACAUCAUACAAAGUCCAGUAAACGUAAAAACUAAAUCAAUAUUUGGUGUGACCACCUUUGCAUUUUAAACAGCACCAAUUCUCCUAGAUACACCUGGACACAGUUUUUCUUGGUUGUUGGCAGAUAGGAUGUUCCAAGCUUCUUGGAGAAUUCACCACAGUUCUUCUAUCUAUUUCGGCCGUCUCAGUUGCUUCUGUCUCUUUAUGUAAUCUCAGACAGACACGAUGUUCAGUGGGGGGAUCUGUGGAGGGUCAUGACAUCUGUUGCAGGGCUCCCUGUUCUUCUAUUCUAAUCUAUUUGUAAAAGUAAUGUUUGGGAGUCUAACAUUUACAUUUCCUAUUGACACACUAAAACUGAAGAUAUAAAUAACCAUCUUAAGACAAAUGCUAUUGUGAAACAUUUUAUGUGCCUAAGACUUUUGCACA